GUCAUGUGUGACCUACCCUACCCUGCGCGUAAUGACAUCGUUAGCUAACUGCAAUACAUUUACCGAUAUGUUUAGAUCUUUACUGAUUUAAACUGAUGUAAUGAGUGAAAAAUCUGAAGGGAAGGAUGCGGAAGAACCUGGGACAACCCAGAGAAGCUCCGGGACUUCACCGCUCGAACUGACCGUUCAAAACGUGCAAAGACUGCAGAGGGAGUUGGAAGGAUUGGAUAAGUUGUAUGGUUCAAGCCUAUCCAUAGCGGGCUACAUAAAAGACACAGAAAAUCACCUGCCGAUAGCGCAUGGAAGCAGGAAAGGUCCUUGGGAAGAACAAAGAAUCAGCUCAAGGAAUUCCUCUCGCUCCAGCUCCUCAGAGCAUGUAGACAUCCUUGGACAAGAUGGAAUAGUCAUUAUUACAAGACUGAGUCGGUCAACGCAGACGGACUGGGACUGGGUGUCACGGAAGCUAAAUCAUCAGACCAGUUGUAGACCUGGUUGUAGCCAGGCAGAAGGCUCUGUGCCAAAACAUGAAAAGACACCGUCUCCCCAGCAUGUGGAACAUAAAGAACCCAACGCCGAGGAGAGUGUCGGGCUGCAAAUCAGCAGGAAUAAUGAGGAUUCUCAAACAGACAGCAAAGAUCCCCCUAAAGCAGAGCAAUUGACAGAGAAGUUUGACAAGAUCACAACCCAGCGAUCCAGUUCAGAUUCAUCUUCGAAACUGCAACUGACCGAGGUGCCAAAUGCAAAUGCAAGUCUUUGCGAGUACUGCCAGCAAGUGAAGAAGCCAGAAGUGACUCGUGAGAAACAGGCAGAGAAACAGAGUCAGGCAGCAGAACCAGAGACGUUCUUUUGCUGUGAAAUUGCAUGGAGGAUGAGAACUCUAUUUCUCAGGGUGGAGGAGGAGGAAGAGGAGGAGGAGAAGGAGGAGGACAAGUCAACUAAAUUUCAGCAUGAAUUCAAAAUCAAUGAAGAAAUGCAACCUGUUGGUGAAAGUGAAAACCAAGAAAGGGCCAAGCAAAUGUUGACAAACCCUGAGCGUAUGAGGAGACUAGCCGAAACGCCACCCUCUGGGAUUCGUAUCAGCCCACGACCUAAACCUAAAAUUGCAACAAAGGACACCACCAUCCGCUAUCGUCUUUCGGAGGGCUUGUGCAAUAGCCAGCAGGAGUCUCAACUUCCCGAAAUGGAAAUCAUUACCCCUCCUGAGACACUGACCCUCCCAGAGAGUCAAGCAGAGGUCAAGAGGAAAAACAUUCUCCUAAGACACCACAGGAAUGGGAAAACAUUUGUCCUCAUAUUUCCAGAUGGAACAGGACAUGUUUUCUACCCCUCAGGCCGGAUCGCUGUCCUUAUAUCCUCAGUGCACCGCGGUCAGUUUAUUUACGUUAUACUAGAGGAUGCAGACCUGUUGCCCAGAGUUCAAGCUAUUUUCACCUCCAGGGGUCAGGCCACAUGCUAUUACCCCAAUGGCAACGUCUGUGUCAGCAUGACCCCCGUGGGAGGCACCUGGUGCAGUGAGAGCGGCUCGCUGAAGAGGCGCUGGAGCUGGUUUGACCUCAGCGCGCACGUCCACGCGCCGCCGUUCCAGCCAAUCAGCAUGAGCCUGAGCGGCAACAUCAGCAUCCGCAUCGCCACCCAGCAGGACAUCCGGCUCACCUUCACGGCCGGGAAGAACAGCGUGCACUUCAACAUGGGCACCAAACUCAAGAUGGAGAGUGAGAAGGGCCUCAUGUUGCCAGGCCCUGACAUCCUGGAGUGUUUCCUCAAGAAGAAGACUGUGGAGAUGUUGUGCUUGCUGCAGAAGCUCCAGGCUAGCGUGUCCUUCCAGCGAACAGAGGUCGAGCAGAUCAGGUCCCACUACAGCCUGGUUGCCCAGUCAAAAAGACAGAGAGAACAUGCACAUGCGAAAGAAAAGAAACCAAAGAAAGUCAAACAACCUCGUGUCUUCAAACAUGUAAAACUAUUCAGGAAAGAGUGAAUUUUUAACAAUAAAAGAGUUACAUACUGUA